AUGGAAGCUCCAUGUAUGAAUAAUCUUAAGAAGCAGAGAGAGUUUACUCUAGCUUCCGUCACUGAUCUCACCUACUCUUCCUCCUCGUCAUCUCUUUCGUCCUCCUCUGUUGUAGCUACGUUCUCCUGCGUUAAUGAAGUCAAGGAGCUUCGGUUUCAGGAAUCUGAAUCGUCUGAUGGUUUCAGCUUUGAUCUUACUUCCGCUCAGUUGUUCAAGUUGGGACCGCUUCAGUUUGUCUGUGUAUCUGAUUGUUCGGUUUCCACUAAAGAGAAUUCAUUGUCUCGAGGGAUUGUAAUAAAGUUUAGAGAUGAAAAGGAAAGCAAUGAUUUUUCUGAUUCAUUUGAAGAAUGGACUAAGGAUGCUGUUAUAAAAGGAUCAUGCUUGCCGAACGGAACAGUUUCAGAUAGUAGAAGCAAGUUCGACAAUAAGAUAGAGGCUGCUUCAGCCAAAAUGUAUUUCCAUUAUUACGGACAACUUCUACAUCAGCAAAAUAUGCUUCAGGAUUAUGUGAGGACAGGUACUUAUCAUGCUGCAGUCAUGGAGAAUCGUUCAGACUUUUCUGGGCGUAUUGUGGUUGAUGUGGGUGCUGGAAGUGGCAUUUUGUCGAUGUUUGCUGCACUGGCUGGUGCCAAGCACGUGUAUGCUGUGGAAGCGUCAGAAAUGGCUGAUUAUGCUCGUAAGCUGAUUGCUGGAAACCCAUUACUCGCUGAACGGAUCACGGUCAUCAAGGGGAAAAUUGAGGAUGUUGAGUUGCCUGAGAAGGCUGAUGUUUUGAUCUCUGAACCAAUGGGCACCUUAUUGGUCAACGAGAGGAUGUUGGAAACAUAUGUUAUUGCCAGGGAUCGUUUUCUGUCACCAAACGGAAAAAUGUUUCCAACGGUCGGAAGGAUCCAUAUGGCACCUUUCUGUGAUGAGUUUUUAUUUAUUGAAAUGGCAAAUAAGGCUUUGUUUUGGCAGCAACAGAACUAUUAUGGAGUUGAUUUGACACCUCUAUAUGGAUUAGCACACCAGGGUUAUUUUUCCCAGCCUGUCGUUGAUGCAUUUGAUCCAAGAUUAUUGGUGGCUCCCUCCAUGUUUCAUGUGAUAGACUUCACUAAGAUGACGGAAGAGCAAUUUUACGAGAUUGAUGUUCCGUUGAAGUUCACAGCGUCUGUUUGUACCAGAGUGCAUGGACUUGCGUGCUGGUUUGACGUUCUCUUUGAUGGAAGCACGGUGCAGAGAUGGUUCACAACUGCUCCUGGUGCACCAACAACCCACUGGUACCAAAUAAGAUGUGUCCUCUCGCAGCCUAUUCAUGUCAUGGCAGGGCAAGAGAUCACUGGUAGACUUCAUUUAGUUGCACACAGUGCUCAGAGUUACACUAUAAAUCUAACACUCUCAGCUAAAAUGUGGGGGACCGGUGGCAAUCAAGGUGGAAUCCUCCAAACAUCAUCGUGCAAACUCGACUUGAAGGAACCUUAUUACAGAAUGUCUCAGCCACAGGUAUACCCUGUUGCACAAGAACCACCAGCACAACCGCAAGACUUACAGAUACAGAAUGAUGACUUGGAAGCAGAGUUGCUACAACAAAACGCAAACGCUUAG